AUGGCGCCCAGAGGGAAGCCGCCCGCCUCGCCGGCCAAGCCGCCCGCCGCCGCCUCGGCGGUGCCCGGCAGCCCCGGCGCCUCCGCGGGCGAAGGCGGCGCCGCGGUCGGUUCGGCCACCAGGCAGCUUGUGGCGCUGAGGGCGGAGUUGGCCCGGGCCGCGGACGCGGGCGACUACGACAGGCUCGCCGCCCUGGCGCGCCAGAUGAAGGCGUUGGAGGAGCGCAGGAAGGCCGAGGAAGCCGCCGACCCGGCCGCUCGCGUGGCCGCGCUCAAGCUGCGCGUGAAGCAGGCGGUGGACAGUGGACAGUACGACCAGAUCGCAGAGCUUGUCUCGCAGAUCAGGCAGCUGGAGCCGCUGCAGAAGGGCCCCGUACGGGCGGCGACGCCCGAGCCCUCGGCGCCCGGCGCGGCCGCCAGCAGCGCCGACGAGGGCGACGACUCUGGCGAUUCCGGCGCGGACGAGCCGGCCACCGGGCGCCGGUUUCUCACAGCCACGGCCGCGGCGAGGCUUGCCGCUGCGGCGCCGUUGGAGGAUCGGCUGCGGCGAUUCUACCUGCAGCUCAACCCAGAGAAGUCCGGCGACGCGCCUAAGGUCGCCAGGCUCUUCGCGGGCAAGGAGGACGAGCUCAACGAGAAGCUCCGGGCGCGCUACGGCGGCGCGGACCUCUCGAACCUGCCCGGCGCGCUGGCCCCCGAAGGUCCGCCGCCUGCGCAGCAGGCGUCCUCCGACUCGGACGAGAGCUAG